AUGUGGUAAAUACUCUAGUUAGCAGAUCUCUAUUAAUGCGGUUCAAUUAUCUUUUUUUAAAAAAAAUUAAAAUAGAAUUUUGAUAAUUAAUCAAAAUAACAAUUGAAUCCAAAUAACAUCAUUGACAAUACAAUCAAAAAAUUACUUAAAAUGAAAGAUUUACUCUAAAUCUAAAAAUACGAAAAAGCAUGGUAAGAAAUAAUUCAAAUGGAGCAAGAUAUCUAUAUAAAUGAAGACAAUAUCAUAAAAUCCAUGCCAAUUACUCAUUUUAAUGACAUUUUAAUACAAAAUUAAUUAUGCUUACUAGAACUGGCUUCCUAAUCAGAAGCAAUAUAAUAAUUGAAUUUUUGGAUUACAUAAAUUUAGAAUUUGCAUGACACCUUUAUUUAAAAGAACUAUAUGAUUUUGUAAUUACUUAAACCAAAAACUUAAGAUCAUCUUCAAUAAUCUAUUGAAAAUAGCUUAUAAGAUUUUGUCCAUUCUUUUGGAUAUAAACACUGA